GUCAUACAUGCAGUGACAAUUGCGGUAACGACCUAGUAUACUAAAGUUCAUCAGUUUCUCUCAGGAAAAGAGCAUCGUCGCGCAAGCCUUGUUGUGUUUUAUCAGUUCAUGGCCGUAUCGUUCGCAACGAAAUGGAGCACGAAUGUUUAAUUGUGAAGUAUAUUACUGCGAAUAAUUGCUUCGUUGGUUUAUCGUAUCAUUGGGCACGCCGGAUGACAAGUGAGGUGAAUGCGAUCGAAGUGACGCAUAACGCAAGGGUGUAUUAUUUUUCUUUUCGUACGUUUAACACUAUUCCGAACGAUAUAUUAGGCAUCGGAGCGAUUUUCGCGAGAAGCCUGAACAUACAAGAAGGGGACGAAGUUUUGGUGACUACCGUGAAGCAGAUGCCCUCGUUGAACAGUAUUAAUAUUAUUCCUCUCACAAUAAAUGAUCGUGAGCUUCUGGAAUUACAAAUGGAAAAGGUGCAGUCGAGUCUCCUGAAUCAAGUGAGAAUCGUCGCGAAAGGACAGCCAAUCGUGGCCUGGAUUUCGAAAUUUUCUUCCAUAACUUGUGUCGUAGAGGAUCUAGAGCCGAAAUUCUCGUACGGGCUUCUGCAACAAUUCACGGAGGUGCACGUGCUCGAUGUAGCAACGGGCGCGACGAAGAAGAACGUAAACGUUAACGAGAAAACCGAUGUUAUGCGCAAUGCUCUAGCCAAAAUCUUUCCUUACUUUACCAAAGAGCAUGAUGCGAACGAUAACGUAUCGAAUUAUGCGCUGCUGCAAGGCUUUUGCAAGAGAAGCAUACCUCGUGUGUUUCGCGUAUAUCCUUUACCGUCCACGAGCAACAGAGAACACGCCAGUGAUUUGAUAUUUACAGCACCCAGUCACAUCCUAAUACCGAGAAGUUAUUUGCCGAAGAGUGUCAGAUCGACGAACGGGAGAAUAAUGUGUAAAGUCAAGAAAGUACCUGAAGAACGGCAACGCGUUAAUGACAGCACCUCGAAUUUUCUGCGGGACGGCGAUUCUUCAAUCCUUCCUAAAAUUUCCGACGAGCUCACCGCGAGGAUUUAUGUUCUUGAGGACGUUUUAAAAUCGCGCACGGCCGACUUGAACUACUUCGAUUUGGAUUCGAUUCACUCGCGCGCUUACGUGUCGGAUAGUCUGAGAAUCACUCUGCAAAUGAGAGCGGGAAGUAGAAUGAUUAUAUGGCUGAUCGAGGAGAACAAACGAUCGAAACCGACGUCGUUGGAUAUUUUCACCUGCGCGGCAGACAUUGCGACGAUGCAGGAUUUCAAAAGCUACGUAAAUUUCUACUCGAGGGACGAGCUAUUGUUACUCAAUUCGCGCUCAAUUUUGCUCGACCAAGGCAGACGCUACAUCGUGCAAAUAUCGCCAGAGGAUUGCGAUUACGCUUUCAUGGACGACAAGGAUAUCGAAAACUUGGACAUCCGCGUUCAGCCCGCGCUGUAUUCGACUAACGCGGAGAUCUUGGAGACCCACUGCUCAGAAAACCUAAAACUGGAGAAUAUUUCCACGAGAUUCGUGCAGGGUGUUCUCGACGAUUGCGAGAAGGCGCUCGAUCUCAGUCUGGGUUUGCGAAUUAAACCGGACACGAAGGUGGACUUCCACUACGAUCGGGAGAAUAUUCUGAUCUGCGGCGGCUUAGGCUCCGGCAAAACGACCGUUUGCAAAAUACUAAUCGAGCAUUACCGCCAAGAGCCGCGUUUUGUGUACACGCGCAUGAUUGACUGUAGAUCGUUGAAAGGCAAGAAGGUCGAGACAAUGCAGAAGACCAUUGCGUCCGUCAUGCACGAAUGCGUGUAUUAUCAACCGUCUAUACUCUUCCUGGACGAUUUGGAAUGCAUUACUAAUGCCUCGUUAAAUGACGAGGAAAAUACGAUAGAGGCGACGAACGCUUCCAGAAUCACCGAUAUGCUGAUCAAUACCAUCACACAAUAUCAAAAGUUCCAUUACAUCUCGGUCGUCGCCACUUGCGUCAGCGUGAGCAAGAUCGGUUUGAAAUUACGACCGGCAAGAGGAAUACAAUUCUUCCGGACUGUUCUGUCGAUUCCCAAUCUCAACAAGGACCAUAGAAUCGAUAUUUUGCGCACGAGACUCAAGGACAAACUACCCGAAGACAUGAGUUGGGAUCACUAUGGGAACAAGACCGAGGGCUGGAUGCCUCAGGACCUCGUCGACCUGGCGGAGAAGGCGAUAUUCGCCGCGUGGAAGCGUUACGCGGCGGCAAGAUCCGAAUCACGAAUGAUCGUGACAGAAGAGGACGUGAAUGUCGCGUUGGCGAAUUUUACGCCAAUUUCCAUGCAGGAUGUGCAGCUGCACAAGAGCGGCGGUCACUCUUGGUCCAACAUCGGCGGACUGUCGGACGUGAAGAGUUCUCUCACGGAAAUUCUGCAGUGGCCGCUCAAGUAUCCGGAGAUCUUCAAGAACGCCCCGAUAAAGCUGCAAAGCGGUGUCCUGUUGUAUGGAAUGCCCGGCACCGGCAAGACGAUGCUGGCGAAGGCGAUCGCCGGCGAAUGCAGCGUCAAUCUGAUCAGCAUCAAGGGUCCAGAACUGCUGUCGAAGUACAUAGGUGUUAGUGAGGAAUCCGUGAGAAAUGUAUUCGAGAGAGCUCGUCGCGCUAAGCCGUGCGUUUUGUUCUUCGACGAGUUCGACAGUCUCGCACCCAGACGUGGGCACGAUAACACUGGGGUGACCGAUCGAGUGGUGAACCAGUUGCUGACGCAACUCGACGGGGUUGAAGAUCGCGAAGGGGUAGCGAUCGUAGCCGCGUCCUCGAGGCCCGACAUGUUGGAUCCAGCUCUACUAAGACCAGGACGUCUCGACAAGUGUUUGCAUUGUCCUUUGCCGAAUGAGAUGGAAAGAAGAGAGAUCUUCGCGGUGCUGUGCGACUCUCAAAACAUAGACAGCGCAAAACUCGACCUGGACGAACUAGCACGGCUCUCCGAUGGAUUCACAGGAGCCGAUAUCAAUGCGGCGAUUAUUCAGGCAAGGCUGGCAGCUUACGAGAACGCUGUAGCAGUUGUAAUCGACGGCAAAGUCGAGGCAUCCGACAUCAAAGUCGUGCAGACGCAUCUCGUAGAAUCCAUUAAAUCGACCAGGCCGUCCCUGUCCGCUGCGGAAAAGUCCAAAUAUACUAAGAUUUAUGCCAGGUUCUCCAAGGAAGAUACUUACGUGGAGGACGUCUUGAAGAACCAGAAAGCGACACUGGCUUAAUCAGAGAUGUCAAUCAGGACUUCUCCAUCAAUACUUCUUCAUUUUCCAAAGAACGAAUAUAUUUUUAUACCAAAAUCAAGGAAAGUUAUACAUCGUUAGAAACAAUAAAUUAUAAAAAUAAAAUAAAUAAUUCUAUAAUAAAUAAUUCUAUAUAAUAUAAA